AUUUGUAGUCUCUGCCCUGUGAUCUAGGGCAAGCAGAAAAGCAGACAACUAAGUCUUUCACGGUGGCCAGACGGUCUUAUCGCGUUUCCCCGUGGGGUGAUGUUGCUGAUGCUGUCAUCGUCGCUGUUUUUAUUUUUGUGUGCAAUUCUACCUCUUCUUGCGUGUCUGUCUGUGGGUGUGAUCUGCCACCAACACCCACCGGUUCCGGCUGAAUGGGAAUUAUUGCUGGCCUGCUGUGUGAGGGGGACCAGAGUACCAAAGUCACAUUAUCAGAAUGUCAACUUUGGCGCAUGGACAAAUGAAUUAUGUAAGGGAUGGUAUUACAUGCUUGAGGUUGUCAAGAAAUAUGACCAAGAAGAAAAUACUGGAUUAAUUUUUGCUUCUUUCUAUGGGUAUGUAAUAUUUAGGUUUCAAAGCGCCUUGAGUCUCAACCGUUUCCUCAGUUAUUCUUGCUUAAAGUGGCAGCAACUGGUAUCCUUUUCCAGCCAAAUGUCUGGCCUUACCUAAGGGAUUCGGUCGAGAUAGACGUGUCCUGAUAUUGUUGAUAAAACCGUCCUGUGUAUCGUUGC